AUGGGAAACUGUUUGUGUGUGAAGCCAGCAACGAAGGAUGAAGUGACCACCUUGAAUACAAGAGAGGCACCACCUGCUCACUUCAUGAUCAAGAUUGAAUCUUUCAACGUGUUAGAAAAGUAUGGAAUUAAGAAAUACGAAACAAAAGAAUUUGUCGCCGGCGAUUACAAGUGGAGACUAAUAUUCAAAUUUAAUGGAAAAGAUAGUGAUUAUAUAUCUGUAAACUUGGCUAUGGCGGACACAACUUCUCUGCCUACAAACAGGGAAGUCAAUGCUCUCUUCAGCGUCUUUCUCUUUAAUCAGAUUUCGGGCAAUUAUCUUUCUUCAACAGAAAUCACCGCUAUGGAAACAAGAGAAGCAUCACCUGCUCAUUUACUGGUUAAGAUUGAAUCUUUCUCCUUGCUUGGCACGUGUAGUAUUGACGAAUACGAAACCAGGGAAUUUGUGGCUGAAGACUAUAAGUGGAGACUAAUAAUCUAUUUUAAUGGAAAAAAUUGUGAGUAUGUUUCUGUGAGCUUGGCUAUGGCGGACACGAGUUCUCUUCCUGCAAACUGGGAGGUCAAUGUUGUCUUCAACAUCUUUCUCUAUAAUCAGAUUUCCGGCAAUUAUCUUUCUUCACCAGGAAGAACAAGAUGUUUCUUAGAAACAAAGUCUGAAUGGGGUAUUUCAAAAUUUAUCUCUAAGAAAAUUCUGUCAGAUCCAUCAAAUGGUUAUCUAGUGAACGACAACAUUGUGUUUGGUGCUGAGGUUUUUGUAGUAAAAAAAGACGCCAUCAUUGAAUGCGUGUCUUUGAAUAAUAUCAAUAUUCAUUACAAGCAUGAUUUCAGCUUCCAUCAAUAG